UAUUUUUUAAAAAGGAUUGUUUACCAGCGUUGACCACUUUCAGACAGCGAAAGGUCUCACCCAUAUAACCCUGUGAAGUUGUUUGUCUAAUAAACUUGAAGACAAAAAUAUGCCGAGAAAAUCGAGUCACCCUCCUCCAUAUAGGAGCAGACAUCAACCCAGAACUUCCCAUCGCACAGCUUCUUACCACCCUGAUGAAAUGCUUCACUUUUAUCGCUGGACUUCACCCCCAGGUGUCAUGAAAAUUUUGUGCAUAAUCAUAAUCAUUUUGUGUGUGGCCAUGUUUGCCUGUGUGGCCUCCACUCUGGCCUGGGACUAUGAUGCAAGCGCCAUGGGCAUCGGUGGCCUUGGGAUGGGUUAUGGAGGCAACCAAGGCAGCGCUGGUGGUGGUACUGGGUACGGUGGAUAUGGAUCUGGAGGAAGUUACGGCGGAGGCAGCGGAGGUUAUGGCUAUGGUGGCGGCUCAUACAUGGAUCCAAAAUCAGGCAAGGGCUUCAUCAUCGCAAUUGCUGCAAUCACCUUCAUUGCGGUGCUCAUCAUCUUCAUCUUGGUGGUGUCAAGACAGAACGCUUCACAGUCUCCUGCAUUCUAUCUGGCCUCCAUCAUUAUUUGUGCCAUACUGGCUGUCUUCAUGCUCAUUGCCAGUAUUGUGUACUUGGUUGCUAUUAACCCCACUGCUCAGUCCUCUGGAUCCAUGAUGUAUAAUCAGAUCUUACAGCUGUGUGCACAAUACCAGAACCAAGAUCAAGCCUCUGGCAUCUUCCUCAAUCAGUACUUAUACCACUACUGUGUUGUGGAGCCUGAAGAGGCCAUUGCCGUUGUUCUUGGGUUCCUUGUGGUGGUUGGGCUGAUCAUCCUUCUGGUGUUUGCCGUGAAGGCCAGAAGCCAGAUCAGGAGAUACGGCAGGGAUCGUGUUCUGUGGUAUGACGUGAAGACAAUUACUGAUGGGCUCACCUCUCAUGGCAUUGGGGAAUGGGUUAAUAAUGUGUCUGGACAUCCAGAGGUUUUUGCAAAUGACCGCAAUGAUCAAAUUGGUGUUUCUCAGCCAAUGGUUCAAAGCAAAGAAGUCCAGAAGCCACUGUACCUUCCAAGCGGUUCCGACUUGACAAGCUCGUUCAAUGGAAUGAAGAGCAAACUAAGGGACUAUGACACUGGAGAUUCUGGAGAUGAGCUGGACACUGAUUAUGACAAUGAGUAUCCUCCCAUCAUUGAUGAGAAUGAGCGGCUUGAGUACAAGAAAGAUUUUGACCGAGACUACAUGGAGUACAAGCGUCUACAAGCCGAGCUGGAUGAUAUUAAUCAGGGCUUGGCAGAUGUGGAUAAAGAGCUUGAUGUCUUGCAGGAAGGCAGCCGACAGUUCAUGGAUGCCAUGGAGGUAUACAACCACUUAAAAAGUUUGAAGAAGUCUGCAGACUAUCAGAUGAAAAAGAAAAGGUGUAAACAGCUAAAGGGAAAACUUUCCAUCAUCAAAAGAAGGGUCAGCGACUAUGACCACAGAAAAUAAAAACCUCCAGCACUAGAAACUCAGGCAUAAUUUGUAACAUGAUGGUUUUGUUUGGGACUUCAUCUGUAUUUCCGUAUUAUUAUUAUUAUUAUUAUUAUUAUUAUUAUUAU